AAAUCACAAAGAUGGUUUAACCUGCUGUUUUGAGAAAUGAUUUAGCUAAUAUUUAAAUACUCUUUGAUGCAGCUUAACCGCGUUGCUUGUAUCACACAGCCAUUUUUCAGCCAAUUUAAAUGUUAAACGUAAGUUUAAACACUUAAAAGUUUAUGUCGUUAUGGAGAGACUGUUUACUACAAACUACGCUUGCGACUUGUUCAUGCCAAAGGAUCUCGAAUGAACAUUUUUACGCAAUACCUCCCCCCGCUGUAGUGCAAUGGUUUGAUCCAGACUGUUGCAAUGCUUCGGGAGAGCGCAGAUACAUAUUGAAUACAUUACAGCAGAGCGGCUUCAUCUAUAGUGCUGGAAGGUUUCGCUUCAAUGCAGACUGAUGUGUGUUCUUCUUAACGCCUUAACAAGUUGGAGCACAUAUCGGUAUCUCGAAAUGCAUGCUGCGACAAACAGUUUCUUCAUUUGUUUCCUCUCCAUACUCGUUCGUAUGUACCAAUGUAGGUAGAAACGGGGGCUGUAGACAUCCGCGGAGCACCUUUACGUGGAGUAAUCUGAAAGUUAAUUGGAUCGUGGGCCUUGAGACGACACUUGUGUGUUUUGCAGACUCGACUCACGCAUUUUUUUACAGUGCGCGAGGAAACGAGAGGACAGAUUCAGCGAUAAAUUGCCGACAAUGAACGUGGAAUUACCUCCAGUUGCAACAUGGCUGCUGCUUAGAUGUUUAUUGGAAAAGUUCAGCCCUGAACAUUAAGAAAGUUUUUAAAAUAAUCCGCGUCGCAAGAAAAGAACUUUUCUGGCGUAAUUCAGCUCUGGACUGGACUGGACUGGAUCGGACUACGCAGGGAAUCGGAGCGAGUGUAGCUCGCCGUCAUUCAGUUUGGUCCCUGCAUGACAACAGACCAACACCGAGGGCUUUCCGUGAACACUCUCGCUUUUAACAGCAUUUGCAACUCGGUCAAAGACUUGUGAUCUUACAGUAGAAAAUGCAUUUCUCCAUCCCCGAGACGGAGGUCCGCUCCGAUGAAAACGGAUCGACUUAUGUGGCUUACAAUAUCCAUGUGAAUGGUGUCUUGCAUUGUCGAGUACGUUACAGCCAACUCCUGGGCCUUCAUGAACAGAUAAAAAAAGAAUAUGGAAAUAAUGUGGUGCCCGCUUUUCCACCAAAGAAGAUAUUCACCCUCACACCGGCUGAAGUCGAUCAGAGGAGAGAACAGCUAGAGAAAUACAUGCAAGCUGUGCGUCAGGACCCCAUUCUGGGAUCCAGUGAGAUGUUCAACAGCUUUUUGAGAAAAGCUCAACAGGAGACCCAGCAGAUUCCCACUGAGGAGGUGCAGCUAGAAAUCUACCUGUCCAAUGGCCAGAAAGUCAAAGUCAACAUCCUCACAUCGGACCAGACCGAAGAUGUUCUGGAGGCUGUGGCCUCGAAGCUCGACCUUCCUGAUGAGCUGGUGGGAUAUUUCAGCCUCUUCCUGGUUCAGGAGAGGGAGGAUGGGGGCUGCACGUACGUGAGAAAACUGCAAGAAUUUGAGCUGCCCUACGUGUCCAUCACCAGCCUGCAUAGCACCGACUACCGAAUCGUCCUCCGUAAAAGCUACUGGGACACGGCGUACGACAAUGAUGUCAUGGACGACCGUGUGGGACUCAACUUGUUAUAUGCUCAGACGGUGUCUGACAUAGAGCGGGGAUGGAUCCUUGUGAACAAAGAGCAGCACAGACAGCUGAAAUCCCUGCAGGAGAAAGGCUCAAAGAAGGAGUUCAUCAGAUUGGCUCAGACUCUGAAGUACUACGGCUAUAUCAAGUUUGAUCCCUGCAUCACAGAUUUUCCUGAGAAGGGCUGUCAUGUUAUAGUCGGUGCCGGCAACAACGAACUCAACUUUCACGUCAAAUUGCCCAGUGAUCAGAUGAAAGAGGGAAGCUUCAAAGUCACACGCAUGAGAUGCUGGCGGGUCACCUCAUCUCAGGUGCCUGUGGCGAACGGUACCGCAAACCCAAGCAGUUCCAGUAAAUGUGACGUGAAACUAGAGCUGGCCUUCGAGUACUUGAUGAGCAAAGACCGUCUGCAGUGGGUCACCAUCACCAGUCCACAGGCUAUCAUGAUGAGUAUCUGUCUGCAGUCUAUGGUAGAUGAGCUGAUGGUGAAGAAAUCUGGCGGAAGCAUUAAAAAGCAGAUGCAGAAGAAGCGACUGAACGGCUCGUUCCAGCGCUCUGACAGUCAGCAAGCUGUGAAGUCUCCUCCAUUACUGGAUUCCCCUGAUCCCAGCCGUGAACAAGUAGUCAAACUCUCUACCAAGCUGUCUUCUGUCUCCCUGAGAGGACUUAGUUCUUCCAACUCAGCCAGUGACAUCAGUGGCAAUGAUUUCCAUGGAAACUACGCCUUUGAAGGAAUAGGGGACGAUGACCUGUGAUGGAGUCAUCCUCAAAGACUGGACUAAAGGAGACAGAUUCAUUUAGCGGUUUCUCUGAGAUGAGUGUAGUUUAAUAGAUGCCCAGUUCUGCAGUAUGUAAUCCAUUUAAAAAAAAAAAAUUAUAUCAAUGGUCUCAAAAAUGGCCUAUGAAGUACAUCAUUUUGACUCAAGUCUCUCAUUACUUUUAUGAGAGGCCUCAGAUUCAGUUCUCGCUCAAUUAAAGUAACAAAAAUUGGAUAAUUUCAGAUUUGAGGCAUAAUUAGAGACAACGUCAACGUUUAAAUUAAUACAGGGUUACAUAGGCACCUCAGGGCAAGUUGCUACAUUCAAGAGAGGCUGUGAUGAAAGUUUCUUCUGAAGACGGGCUUUAUUGAAUCGUACUUCCUUACUAGAGACACAAAACUGUGCUUUUUCCUCUCAUGUCAUCAUCUGGCAGACACAAAAUUCCCAUCGUCUCAUUUUCUCGACUGCUCAUGACAGUAGUUGCCUACUAGAGUAAGAUCCAUACCAGCAAACUGUGUUGAUAUGUUCCUUUUAAAAUCAGUUGAGAAUAUUAUUUAAUAGAGAUGUGCUUCGUAUCGUUCAGUGUGCCAAUGUUGCUCAAACUAUUGCGUGGUAGCGGCAAUAUGACCCAUGGUGUGGUAGAUCUCUGCAGCUUCCAGGUUUUUUUUCUUUUAGGAGAGGUAAACUCGACCUGACGCCUACUGCAUAUUCAUUGCAUAUCCUGGAUGAAAACACAAGAUCUUUAUUGUGGCCUGCUUUCUCUCUGCCUUAUGCUGAUUCAGACGCCUUAGUUUAACUUCUCAAAUUUAAAAUUAAAUGUAGCGCCGGGCAAAAAGCUUCUCUCACUCUGGCCUCACCUGUGUCCUGAAAUCUCGCUUUGUUUUGGUGUGUUCGGCAGGCCCGCUUGCACUAGCUGAACUUAUGUCUUUUUUUGCACAGUAUUAAGUGAGAUAGCUUGGGUAUUUAUUGAGAUAGUAAAACUGUGGGAAAACAUCCUGGAACAUUCGCAAGAGAUUUGUAGGUCUGUGUUUUUGUUUUUUUGUUUUUUGUUUUUUUUGUUUUUUUCUCCUUGAACCAAUAUUAAAAAAGGUUACUCAUAAAUGCCAAAAUUAUAGUUCACUAAAGCAUUUUGCACAAAAAUCAUGGUAAUGUCACUUUUAUAAAUGUACAUGCAAUUUAAAAAAAAAAUAUACUGAAUAUUUACUAAUAUCUGUAUUAUCUAGUAUAUUACAAACAAGUACAGUUGAUCAAAUAUAAUCCAGGCUGUGUAUAAAAAAAAAAAAUUAAAAAAAUAAUAAAAAGAUUAGAAACUAACAUUUAUCAGUGUUUACAAAAUUGUUGAAAAAGAGUGUUUACAAAUUUCACAUUUAAAUUUCAGUGGUCGUCUUAGUACACUUUAUAUAUUUCAUUUCGAAGAAUAUCAUUCCAGACUUUAUUUUUCUUUUUAGUAUAUACAUAUAAUCCAUUUUGUAUUUUACUAAAUACAUUGUGGCAAUCAUCUCAGAGGACUGUGAUCACAUGGUGCUUGGGAAAUGGCUGUAUUUUACAUUUAUGCUGGGUUUUUGACUGCAAUGAUAGUCAUAUUGAAUGAAAUUCCAAUAUUCUUCAUCCCAGAUAUAUAUAUAUAUAUGAUUCCUCCCAUGUGCAGAAUGCGUUAAAUGCGAAGGUUGUUCUCAUGUCUGUGUGCUGUAUGGCUGAUUAUUUUUGGGCUGAUGACUGUAAUUUGUGAUUGCCAUGUUCAGUAUGUUCACCAGCAUCAUCAUCAUCAUCAUCAUCUAGGAUGAAAAAGGUAACAAUCUAUACUCUUAAACCCUGUACGUCGCUCAUAAAUCAAUAUGAUUUAUUUUUCAAUUUCUCACUUCAUUUUAAAUCCAAGAAUGGAAGUUAGAGCCUUCUGGGUUUCAAUAAAUUUAGGUGCCAAAUGAUG